GAGAGAGAGAGAGAGAGAGAGGGGUAGGAUUCGGGAAUUUUAUUAGGGCUUGGAUGGUGGAGAGAAAGUAGGAGAAGAGAUGGAGAGAGAUUCUUUACCUUCCACGUUUUUGUUUUCAGUUUCUUUGCUUUAUAUGCUUUCCUUUUGUAGUUAAAAACUACUCAGAAACAAUUUGCAAUUCCUUUUGCAGAAUCGGAUUAGGAAACCUUUCGGUAAUUCGUGACUAAAUCUAACACGACGGUUGAAAACCUAUAUAUCUACAGAAGAAGUGAACAACUAAGUCCAUGUUCUUUCUAUCUGUUUAACCGCUCAUACUCAAAACACCCAUUGCUGCUACUGCCCAAAUACGCUCUCUAAACUCUUCCGGUCAGAUUUGAUAUAAAAGUGACACCAAAUGGAUACAGCUCUAGACAGCUUAUCUCAUAAAAGGGGAUCGGUAAGGGAGGAGGCACUGUGUUCAAUAAUCACAGGUUCUACUGUCAAAGUGCAAGUUCAGUUUGCAGAAAAGAACUUUGUUACUUUGGUGUAUCGAAGCCUAGCUUUACUAAAGAAGGGGUCUCCCAAAGAAGUUUCUUUAGCUACUCAGGCCAUUGCUUUGUUUGCCAUCACCUUGGGUCCUGGGGGUAAUACACAUGAAAUAUAUAAAGAUUCACUUCCUCCACUUUCACAGGCUCUCGAAUCUGGUUCUGAAUUAUCCAAGAUAUCAUCUAUAUUAGAUUGUUUGGCUAUUGUCACUUUUGUUGGUGCAAAGGAUUUUGAGGAGACUGAAAAAAGUAUGCAAAUUAUAUGGAAACUCAUUCAGCCAGUAGCCUUGAAUGGCAAUGCAAGAAAACAUUCACCAGCCAUUCUAGCUGCUGCAAUUUCUGCAUGGUCAUUCAUUCUGACAACAGUGGAUGGAUGGAGGCUUAAUUACAAGUAUUGCCGAGGGGCUAUUUCUUAUUUGUCAGAUCUAAUAGAGUAUGAUGAUGAAUCCGUCCGUAUUGCUGCCCUCGAAGCACUGGCUUUGAUAUUCGAAUCAGGUUGUUUUAAUAGCUUGUCAACAGAAGCUAAAUGUUCUAGUAGUUGCUUGAUUCAUGAAGGGAAUACUUCCACAAAUGGAUAUUCACCUAUACAAGAAAUGAAAGACAACAUCCUACAUCGAGUGAGGAGAUUUUCUUUAAAAGACGAAGUUGACAAAGAUCGCAUGAGUGAUUGGUUAAAAGUUUUUGAGGAUGGUUGCUGUCCCAAAACCUUGGUGAUAAAUUGGCAAAAUAUGCUCAAAUCAUUUGCAUGGUAUCGACUGCUACAGAUUAAGUUUAUGAAGCGUAUUCUUGGGAGUGGAUUUAACAAACACAUGCAGGAAAAUGAGUUCCUUCAUGAACUCUUUGAGAUUGUUACACCAAAAAGAGAGGAUGUUUCAGGCUAUGGGUGUCAACUGUAUGAACUUGAUAGUAAAGAGGUCAUUGCUGAGUACUACGAACCUGAACUAAGAAAGAACAACAAAAGCAGCAUUCAGAGAAUGUUCAUGUCACCCAACUCCUUCCACAACAAGGCAAUGACUCAGCUACUGAACAAGCGGCGCAUGUUAUCACAGAAAAGGCGCAAUGGUCACUAUGUAGUUGAUGAUGAAUGUUGACACAGCAUAGAGCAAUUUUGGUCUGACAACCUCUUGAAAGUUAAAAGCUAGGUUACAUUCUUGUUUCUGAAAAUUUUGUUCCCAAGCAUUAUUUUCUUCCAUCUGGGAGCAGCUACUAUACUCGACUUCCAGCCAGCUAAAUCAAGAUCGGAUAGAGAGUAUCAUGGAGUGUGAAGGUCCAAGCUCUUGCCUGAGAGUUUGCAUUGGCACUCGUUUGACAAAGUCUGGGUUGCAGCUUAUUUUUUAUAUAUAUUUAGUCUCAUAUUUUUUUCAUUAAUUUAAUGACAGAACCAUAAAGAUGUUGACAUAUGAUUUGCGUUAAUUAUAAUUUUAUUUUUACUAUGA